AUGCUAGAGACAAGUUCCGGCGAAUCCGUUGGGAUUCACCGAAUUGCUGAACCAAGUACCAGUACUGUGUUGAAUGAGGAUGUUUCCACCUCCAUUCUGGUCAAACUGGAUAACUUCAACGACGACCAGUACAUUGUUAAAGUCCAUGACACGGACGACUGCACCGAAAAUAUCGUUGGGACUAUCACCGGCCUUAAUGGUUAUUUGAACAUCUCCCAGAAUGCUACUGGGAAAGCAGUCCAGGUCAUUCCUGUUUCCAGCGAUGGCACCACCAGAGGCUUCGUCACUGAUUAUCAAUACAAUCUCGCCGGUAAAAAUGAGAAGUGA